UGGGUGUCCCCCUCGCCCAAUCCUGCUCCGUCAUCCUCUGGCGCCGGAAAGGGCAGAACGGUGGAAAAAGGAGGCGUUGCCCUCCAAACAACACAUCAGCUGCAAAUUUAUGCAGAGCAGUGAAAUCUCUGCUGCUGCUGGUGCUGCCGUCCGUCCUGCAGAGAAGAAGAAAGGGAGGCUGCAUCGGACGAAGCGUUGGACGAAGGGCGCGGGGAGGCCGCCGAGUCGCUCGGAGUCGCUCUGCUGCGGGCCGCCGGUGCAGGAGGAGGCUGAGAAACCCGGAGCGGUGAGGUUGGCUGCCAUGGAGACGGAUGGAGAGCAGAACCAGCAGGGAGCCUCCACCAAUGGGAGCUCCGCAUCUGGGGCGAGCUCCCGUCCAUCGCCAAUGAAUUCCAUGUCUCUGUAUGAAAGGCAAGCGGUGCAGGCCUUGCAGGCAUUGCAGAGACAACCUAAUGCAGCUCAGUACUUCCAGCAGCUGAUGCUUCAGCAGCAGAUCAACAGCGCCCAGCUGCAGAAUCUGGCCGCUGUGCAACAAGUAAAGGCUACUUUGGCUGCCAGUCGUCAGUCAAGCCCCUCCAGCAGCAGCUCUUCUCAGACCACCAGCACCACAGCUGCCAGUGUGACAUCUGGGUCUGGUUCUACGGCCAGCAGCCGUCCUUUGGGCACCUCAACAACAUCCACGAUUAGCCAGUCGGUGCUACUGAGUGGGACGGCAGGAGGGCAGGGACAAAUGUAUCUGAGGGUCAACCGCUCCCUCAGGGCCCCUAUUCCCUCUCAGCUAAUCUUCAUGCCAGGCAGCACGGCAACAGCUGCUGUGGCAACUGUUGCCCAGCAGCCACAGACUCAGCAGCAACAGGAAGGGACUCCAGCUUCCUCUUCCAGCAGCCAAUCAGAUAAUGAGCAGGCACAAAAUCUAGCCAUGCGAGGUGUGUCGAGUCCCAAAGGUGUAGGGGUGAAAACUGAAGCCCAGGAGAGGACUGCCUACUCUCUAGUCCAGCCUUCCCACCAGUCAACCCCCCAAUCCCCCGCUAAACCAACCACCCAACCAACUCACAUCAAAAUCCCCUCUUACCCCCAGCCGACUAACCUCAAAGCCCACCCCUCCUCUUCCUCCAGUGCUUCAUCUUCCUCCUCAUCCUCCACCUCCUCCAUCCCUCUCUCCCAGCUCUUGCUUCACGGAACUCGAACCCUGACCACAGGAAGCGCAGCUCCCACAGCAGCACACGCCCUAGUCCUAACAUCCAACGCCACUUCUCAGCCUCAUGGGUACCCGGUUGGCACGGCAACCAUCAAACCGGGGGUUAACGCUCAGACUUUAGUGGUGCAGCCUUUACAGAAGACAUCACUCGGCGCUGAGAAAUCAGGCCACGGGAAUGGACCCAUCCCCAUCCAGCCAAAAACUUUACAGGGGCUCCGCCUGCCUCUCCAGCUGCCUUCUAGGAACCCUCCUCCCAUCCUUCCAGCCCCUCCGCCUGCCAGCAGCUCCGCCCAACCUUCUCAACCUCCACACAUCCCAGUUCAAAUAGUGGGUGCCAGGCAGAGCACACUGGGUAGCACCCAGGCUCUCGCCCUCGCCCGGGGCAGCUGCAAUCAAGAGGGAGCAGCUAUCCUAAGCAGCUCAUCAAGUCUGCUCACUAUGGUGGCAUCUAUCGCUUCCAGGGAGGGUGGGGUCGUUGGCCGAGGGGUGGGGCUUAAGACUCUUCAGUCAUCCCAGGAGGCUCCUCCAUUGGCUCAGGUGUCUCAAGUGCACCCACAGGCCAAUCAAAGCUCUGGACAACGUCAGAAUGGACCUCUGGCUCCCAGCCUCGCCUCCUCUCAGGCCCCCACUGUUUCCUCUCCUCCAUCCAUGCUGUCUCACCCCUCCCUCUCCCUCCCCCUGGUUACUGAAGAGCAGAGAGCAUCAUCAGGUGCCGUGACCACCAAUGGAGACUCAUUGGGAGAUCAGACACCACAGGGGAAGCAGAUGGCCGUCUCCCUGAAAAGGAAAUCUGACUCCAAUCCAGUAAAUGAUGAAAAUGGCCCGUCUCCGCCACGACUCCAGCCCAUUAGAGACCACGUCUCCGCAUCCCCAACCAAUUCCACGGGAGCAGGCUCUGGUUCUCCUCCUCCAGCCUCUUCUUCUCCUGCUCUAGAGCUGUCGGUGUCCCGUGGGGCUUGCAAUCAGGGGGAGAGAGCUCCUCCUCCUCAAGCUGUGGUUAAACCACAAGUUCUCACACACCUCAUUGAGGGCUUCGUCAUCCAGGAAGGGGCAGAGCCUUUCCCGAUGUGUGGGACAGUAAAAGACUCAGCCGGUGAGGAUUUGACCAACGACAGUCCAGACACUAACCAAUCGGAAAUUGUUACCACGGCAACAGUGCUGAAGUGUGAGUACUGCAAAAACUUUGCUCCUGCCAGCCAGUUCAGAGGCACCAAAAGGUUCUGCUCCAUGUCUUGUGCCAAGAGUAUGUAUUGGUUCCCCAGGUACAACGUCAGCUUCAGGCAGCCCUUCUCCGUGCGACAGGGUCACAGCCAGCGUCAAGAUCAGGAUCACACUGCAGAUCGGGAUCAGGGCCACGGCCACAUCUCCAACUCAGACGAGGAGGGAGGGAUCGGCAGGAGGAGGGUUCCCCGCAGGACUAGCUCAGAAAUUGCUAGUGCAAAGAUAGCAGGGAGACCCAUACCUGUGAAGUGCCGUUUAGAGUCCAGCCAUUCAGAGGAGGAGUCCACUGGAGAGGAGGAUGAAGAUGACCCCUUGUCUCUCUCGCCCGCCUCCUCGGCUUCCUGCCACCAGCCGCCCCCGCCUCCGAUCCAAACGGAGAGCUCGGCGCCCAGCUGCUUGUCUGCGAGCCCUGCUCAGUGGAGCGUGGAGGAAGUGUCACAGUUUAUUUCCUCACUACAAGGCUGUGAGGAGUUAGCUUCCCAGUUCCUGUCGCAGGAAAUUGACGGACAGGCUCUGCUCCUGCUGAAGGAGGAGCAUCUCAUGUCCACUAUGAACAUCAAGUUGGGUCCUGCACUCAAGAUCUGCGCUCACAUUAACAAUCUGAAAGACUAAAUUUCCCAUAAAUCCGACCAUGGUUCAGAGUCAAACCCUGGCCAUCUUACCCACAAGUCCACGCUCCGAUGUGGUGACAGACCUGGAAGUGAUUGUAUGAAGAACAGUUCAUUUUCAGAACAGAACUCAAAGCAUCCAGGCCCUCCCAGGGCCACGCCAGAACGUUGGUUGUUGGUUUGUUCAAUCCUGACCUUAAUUCUGGCUCAUUUAUCCAAUGAUAGAAUAAAUGGCCAGCUAUAUUUUUGGUAAAAAUACCAUUGCCCCAAAAAGGCUGUUGCUGCCCAAAUUUGGUACUUGCAGUCCUGAAAAAUGCAUAAAUGAAAGCUUUGAAUGUCUUUUCAAUGUAGAUGUUGCUCGUUUAAAUCUACAUUUCUAAAAUUUCUUUUUUCUUUUUCAUUUUUAUUAUCUACGAAAAGGGCUUCUCCUGUCGUAGACUGAGGCUGUGACAUUCUGACAAGUUUAUUAAGUCUUCUAUUUUUAAGUUAAGGUUAAUCAAACAGUAGUAAAAACUUAAGAUAUAGACAAUAAUAUCUUCUUCAGUGUAUGUACAGGAAGUUUGAAGGAAAUAUUUUGGAUAGAUUUUCCAAAUAUAAAGCUUAAAU